UCAGUGCGGCCUUGCAGACUGAAGAGCGCUGCCAACAAAGGCCGAGUCGAUGGGGUUACAAAAAAUUGUUAAUUUGACCAUAUAAAACCCUUUUGUUAUUGUAUUUAUAAUUUUAAAUAGGUUGUGAAUCUGUGAUUACGUUAAGAAAUGAGUGAAUGAUAUGAAUCGUGGCGGCUAGCAAAGGAGUCAGCUGGUCCAUAGUGCGAAUAGUGAAUAAGAAAUGGCGGCCUUGCCAGCAGGUGUUCAGUAUGCAUUAUCAUCAGAGUCUAGUUAUAAAGAAAACAAGGAACUAGUGUUUGUGAAAUUAACGGAUUCAGCACUAAAGGCUAUAGAAGACUUCAUUAGAAAUAAUAGGGACAAAUUGGCAAAACCUAAAAUACAGUUCCUACCCGGAAAUGAGGGGAAAAUCUCAAUUCCGGCUCCAUCCAGUGGAAAUGGAUCAUCGUCGGGGGAGUCCACAUUUCACUUUAGCAUCAACAGCAAUGCUGAAAUGGAAGGUCCACAGGGUUCGUUCGAGUGCGUGCGCGGCGGGAGUAUUGGCGGCGGCGCCGCGAGGCGUCUUGAGUCGUGCGGGCCGUUGCCGCGACGUAUGCGCGUGCACGCUAACGACGACUCGUACGAGGCAACCAGGGAUCGCAUGUCGCGGACCAUCGCGGCGGAACAGAGCAAAUGCACUCGCGUCAUUAAACCCAACCAGACAGAUAUAGGUAGAAGAGUAAAACUACGGAAUACACACCCUAUGUUCACAAAUGGGCCUGCUUCUCUUGCGGACCGGACGGAGCGGGCGGAACGACCAGAGAGACAGGAGCGGACUGAGCGACCGGACCGUCCCGAGCGCCCGGACCGCGCCGAGCGACCGGACCGCCCCGAAAGACAGGAACGUCCUGAAAGACCGGAACGGCCCGAAAGACCUGAACGGUCCGAAAGACCGGAACGGCCCGAAAAACCUGAACGGCCCGAAAGAGCGGACCGACCGGACCGGAUAGAACGGCCCGCUGUUGUUCCUCCCGUGGUCAGACCACAGCCGCAACAGCAACCGCAACCGCAUUCUAACCAGCAGCAAAGGCCUCCCUCUAACCCUGACCUAUCGAGGCGGCCCAUCAAAGAAAGACUUAUACAAUUAUUAGCCCUGAAACCCUAUAAGAAGCCAGAACUUUACGCCAGACUCAACAGUGAGGGCUUAAAAGACAAGGAACGUAUUAUGGUGAACAAGAUUCUGCCAGAGAUUGGCACGCUCAAAGACAAUUGUUACCACUUACGUAGGCACGUGUGGAACGACGUCAACGAAGACUGGUCGUUCUACUCCGAGGAAGAGAAACGUAUGCUCAAGAGGCGGAAACCUCAAAACUUAACUCCACCGCUGAGUAGCGAUUCGGCGAACUCGCUGUCGCCGCGGGCGUCCCCGGGGGCGGGCAAGCGGGCGGGGGGUGCCGCGGGGGAGGAGGCGCCCGCGGGCAAGAAGCAGCGGAUAUCACACUACCGGAGACCGUCGCCGCCCUCCUCCGGGUACGCCACCACCUCCUCGGGGGAGCGGCACGCGUCCGACAACGAGGACGACCGGACGAGUAAAAAGGACAACGGUUACACCCUUAACUUCACAACUGUAAAGGAUAUCUGCCCGAGUCCAGUGAAAGCGAAUGGCUUUAGUAGAAGUAGUCCUCCAGUAGUAGAGCAAGCUAGUAUCACAGUUAAAGACAUCACAAAUACAGAACCCUUAGAAAAUACAGCUUUAACGUCUGUGCCUGAAGAAAAUACGACUGAAUUGGUAGAUAUUGAAAGACAAUACCCGCCGAUAACGUGUUCGAGCGUCCGUCGCGCGUACAAGAACGAGUUCGCGACUCUGUACACGGAGUACCGGGCGCUGUACGCUCGCGUCGCGCAGGUCGCCUCACUCUUCACGCAGCUUGAACAGCAACUUAAGCGGGCCGAGCCGAAGUCGCCGCAACAUCGGACCAUAGAGCAGCGUAUCGUAGAGGAGUACCAGCGCGUGCGCAACGACGCGUCGUACCAGCGCGAGAGGCGGCGAGUCAACUACCUGCACCGCAAGCUCAACCACAUCAAGCGGAUGGUGCUGCAGUACGAUCGACUGCGUAACCUGAAGCCGGAGCGCGUGGCCGCGGCGAGCACGACGCAGGCGUACUGACACACGGGCGCCGCGCCCGUCCGCUGCCUCUAGUACCGGAGCUACCACCCGCCGUCACCACAGCGACCAGUAUUUAGUACGUGUAUAUACCGGUCACGUGCCGGCAGCGCACCGCACCGGCACCGCACCGCGAGCUGACCGGAGCCGCACUUGUAAAUGAUUCCUAUCGAUGCUGCCUUAACCGACUAAGUAAUUGUAUGUACGUGACCAAAUCUCGUGAUGAUCUUAACGGUUUACUGUAUAAUAUGAUAUUUGUUAUAGAUGAGACGUCGUUCUAUGUUAUGUUGAACAGUUCUUCCAUUGUUUUACGGUGAUUCGUGACACACGAGGUAUCGAGCUAUCGACUAUACCGGAUUUGAGGGCCCAUAACGAAUUUUAUGAAACGUUUAUAUGAAACUUAGCUUAAUUGUAAUAUAACAUAUUUUCAGACAUUAAUUAUUGUAUUUAAUAUAUAUCGGACGUUUAUUUUUCCAAUUAUAUGUUUCUACUUAGACGCGAAAGUAGGAAUGUACAAAUGCGUAGCGUUUGCUCUUGACCUAUUCAAUUGCAAACAAUUUAUCAAAACUUACAAACAUUAUUUUUUCGGUUAUCUCAUUUGAUUUUUAUAUAGUGUAAAUAAUGAAAGUACUAUAUUUAAUAUGAUUAAUUAAGUACAUUUUAGUCCAAUAGUUAUUUGUUCGUCCACAUUUGAUUCCAUUAAAAAAUAUUGCCGUCUAGUUGUUAUGUCCAAAAGUGUCUGCUCCAUUUCUUUUUUAUUAUUGAUCCAUGUCCAUGCGAUAUACAGGUGUCUCGUUUCGUCAUUACGUGUGUGAAGGAGAUACUGAUAUUUUCUUGAUCGGUGAAUGAUUCUGUAUUGGAUACUCUACGGAUGCAUUUGACGAAAUUAAAAAUUAUAUGUCAAUUUGUGUGACAGCAUGCCUUCGAGAACAAUUAUAUUACGCAUAUAUUAUCGUUUACACGAGCUCGUCCCUUGCGCUUAAUCCAUCCAAAACAAAAUGGAAGUCUUGCCCCACUCGCUUGUAUAUAGUACGUUAUUGAAAAUGUUCUCGUUAAAUUUUACUAUGGGUAGUGUAAUAUGUUUUCUUCCUUUUAUUUUCUAUUGAAUAAAAUAGUUAAUAUAUUUAUUCCGCGGCGGUUGCGUGACGCGGUCGUGUCGGUUUGUAUAUAUAGACGGCUUAAAUAAUGAAUGUCACAAAGGAUUGAAGAGAUUGCGACGCUCAGAACGACUGCUUCGCUGGUACACAAUCGCUGGCUCGUGGUUAACGUAAUAAUCUAUAUAUAUAUAUAAAUUAAUUGCUGUUCGUUAGUCUCGCUAAAACUCGAGAACGGCUGGACCGAUUUGGCAAAUUUUGGUCUUGAAUUAUUCGUGGAAGUCCAGAGAAGGUUUGAAAGGUGAAUAAAAAUGAAAAUGCUGGGAAUUAAAUAAAAACGACAAUUUUGUUUUUCCUUUGAUGGGGACACAUGAAUCGUCGUUCAGAAAUCGAAUUGAAAGAAUAGUUUAAAAUGAAUAACUUACUAGAAUUUAUAUCUUUCUAACUUUCUCAGGAGGUAAAAAAUAAACUUAAAUUUAUAUACAGAACAACGUCUGUCGGGUCAGCUAGUUUACAAUAAAACAAGGAAAUCAUCACAAUUAUGUGGGGCUAUAGUUGUCAACUGUCAAUGUCACCUGAUCAAGCAAGCAAAGUUGUGUUAAUUCAUCACAAAUUUAACAGUCAACUGUAAGUGUCUAGAGCAUUAAUCACACCUAAUAUACCACAAAUAUUAAUGUAUGGUAUGAUUUCAAAAAAAUUACAUUUAAAAUGUGCACCAUGAGCCAAUAGCCGUGUAUCUUAAAUUUGUGUUUGGCGGGACGGCACUAUGCAAUAGUGAUGCGCCAACACGCCUUAGUAUUUAUUCAGCACAAUGUGAUAAUAUAUCGAUUUAAUAAUAAUUAACAUAAUAUGGCACAGCGAUUGAGCGUCGUAUAUCACGAUGGGUAACUUUGCAUCCCAUGAAAGUAUUAUUCGGAGACGCGACCGCAGAUCGUAGCCGCCCUUAAGUGGUCAUAGAAGUUUGCCAAAUUAUGAAUAAUAAUAACAUUUUACAUAAUUAAUUAGUUUUUAAUUGCUUUAACGUCUCGAUGUUAGCAACAGCCGGCCAGUGUUGGACAUCCACUAGGUUUAAGGUUAUCAAGUCCUUUCUUAUAACCCUCCAAGUCACAAUAAAUUCAUAGUUAUUUUAGACGUUUUGGGUCGAUAAUCCUCUCUGAGAACGUUGGUCGAAUAUGUUUUACUGGUAUUAUUAAUCAUCUAGAUUAUAAACAGUAUGUCCCGAUAGCUAACAAUUAGUAUUACUACAAUACAGUUAAAUCUUGAAUAUACUGGAAUGAAUUUAAAUAUUAUAUUAUGUGUUCUCUCUAAAUUGAAUAACAAAGACCCAAACUUAGAUAUGCCGUCUCUGCGUACUUUGUCCUAUUUCUAACGUCCAUAUUUGAAAAUGAUUUAGCAUUAAGUGAUCAUUAAUUUUAUCUUUUAAAAUGUCUUUGAAAAAAUUUCACACGAAAAUCAAUCUAACUAUUUGUAAUAACAUUGUGUCGUUUGAUUAAAAGAAAUUGCCAAUGAAGCCAUCUAUGACUGUCCGCUAAUAAUUGUUAAAUCGUUCAAGCAUAAUAUUUAUAAAGCCGCGAGUAAACAAUAUUCUAUGAUUUCAUAUUAACGAAUAUAAUUUGUUAUAUUAUACGUAUGAGUAUAUAUUUAUGGAUAGGCUAAUGGGAGCAUAAGGUAAGAAUAUGGAACGUUGUUAAUCAUUUUUGAUUUUGUCAAUUAUUGUGUCAGAUGCCGAUUCAUUUUCGCGCUUAUUAGAACUAAAGGUGGAACAUAUUCGUGUUGCAAUCCAAGUACUAACUCUAUAAAUACUAUCCCCCUUAUUCAUAAUGGCCCGAUAACUUUAAACAGCCGCUUAGCAGUGUUUUUUCUCAUUCUGACUUAGGUCAAUAGAAGAAGACGGAGUGAGAAUUAGCAAUGCUUUAAGUUAGCAGACUAUUAUGAAUAAGGGGGUAUAACUAUUGGCACACUACAAUGGCUAUCAAAAAAUAUAUAAUCGCUGUUAAAUGAAAAUCUUUAUAGUGAAAUCUGUAAAAUGUUUAUAGUGAAGUGUAAGAUCAAUUAGUUUAAUAUAAAAAAGAUGACCAUAAAACAUCAACAAAAGAAACUUCAGCAAAAAAUAUAUUUCGAAAUGGCCGUCAUAUAUCGCCACAAGUAAUUUUACUUAUAGUCUUGAUUCAUACUAAGAUGCCGAAGAUUUAUAAACAAGUAAUCAACAUAUACAAUGCUUUUGCGGGUAUUUUUAUUACCUUUACAUUUUUAAAUUACUUUUAAUAGAAAUUACUAAAGCUUGUUGGGCAUACGUACUUCUUUUAUAUUUGCUGAUAUCAAAUUAUGAAUCCAUAUGUUAAUUGAUUGUUGAUUUUCAUUUUAGAUUGUUUAAUACAGACAAUAAUUUAUCACAUAGUGUAAAUAGGUCACAGAUACUCCCGUAGUGGAUAUAGUUUAGCUGUAUAUAGUUUUUUUUGCUUUUAGUUCUAAUAAUGCCAUUGUGUAAGUGUCAAUUGUUUUUUAAAUGUAAAUUAUAACCCGGACGUAUUCACCAUUUCACAUUUUGUAAGUGUAUGUUAAUUGCUCAUUCAUACAUUUAUUGUUUUAUUUUUCUAAUUUACUCAUUAAAAUGCUCAAUGUUUUACAAUGCUAUGAUAUUAGGUAAUUAUUACUAUCGUUUUGGCAUUAAUUUGUUAAGAUUCACUAUUUACUGUUCUAUCCCUAAAGUCAAUUCGUUCAAGCUGUCAUUCUUUGCAUACUAUCAUCAAUAAUAGCAUCACAUUCUAUCAACAAUAUUGUUUAUAAAACUAAUUUCUCGGCAAACAAAACACCGUUUUGAAUGUUAUUGUUACCAGUAGUUUAAGCAGUGUCGUUUGUUUUAUUGUAUGAAUAGAUAUUUUAGUAUGUUUUACACAAUAUGAAGGUGUCCUCUUGUUUUGUCUUGUUGUCUAUGUGGUAAUAACUUGCAUUCCAUUUCGCGUCAAGCUGCACCAACACUUAUCUUGAUUUAUUACAAUAAUAUACACACAUUGUUAUCUGUGGAAGUAACUGAAUCGAUAACUUAUUUACUGAUUUAUUAUGCCCUAUUUUAUUUUUCAAUAAUGUAAUUUGCAUGUCCUUAUAUCGUAAGCCUAAAAACAAAUACUAUCUAUCUUCUGUUUCUUAUCUCCUUAAAAUGUGUUGUGCUAUGAUCCCCGGAUCAGUCUGUCAGAACAUCUGCGUGACGUCAGCAAAGAGUCGUACAGUCAGUAUCUUAUAAUUGAAUUUAUUUCACAUAAUUUAUAAAUCGUCAAUUAAAAUGUUAAACUCGUUUUUUGUCAGUGUAUUUAUCUAAAAUAUCAAUUAUUAUCAAUGUGUAUUUGUACAUUUUUCCAACUUGCAAUCUAAAAAAGUUUAUUUACAUCCUUAUUAUGUAUAUUUUAAAAAUUUUACCAGUUUCCGCACGGCUAUUGUUUAUUAUCCUACUCAUUUUAAUGCAUAUGUGGCAAUAACAAAAAAAACAUACCUUAGGCGUAUAAAUAUUAGUCCCACGCUUACAGUUUUGCAAACGGUACUGAUUUUUUGCCGUGUCUGUCUCCACCUGACGUCACAAAGGCUGGCCUGUCCCUCUAUCAAUUUGCGGGGACUAAACUACAACGGAUCUUUUUAAUCAAAUACUUCACAAUCGAUUCUUUACUUGCUGUUUACGAAAUGUGUACUAUUAUUCUAAAAAAUUCAAUCGUGUGGUGUUGGCGGUACAGAUCGUUUUUAACUAUCGUUAUGUUUUAAAUUAUGAUUAGUAACAUGGAGACGUACAUAAUAUAUACAGACAACUUGCGAAUUUUUCUACGACUACCCGCAAUAGAGCUAAGAAGAGCGAAGAGGUAAUGGUGUGUUACAAUCAUAUAAAGGAAUAGAUGAUGUAUUUGUAUUUUGUCACGUUUGUACCGUUUGGAUAUCUCAAUGAAUUAAUAAUAAUUAUAAUAAUCCACUGUACAGAGCAGGCAAUACUUUAGGGUAUAGAGAGAAUGUCAUGUUAUAUUCAUACAUAGUUAUAUGUAAGCUACUGAUCUGUGACGUGUACGUUAUCUGCCGCAUGACAAAUACGCCACCUGUUUUGAUUUCUCUAACGUUAGUCAUAUAUCCUCCUAAUGUUUUAAAUCAAUCGUUGAUAUAGUCAAUCUGGUUGUGUUAACCCCAUAUUAUAUUAUUACAAUGAAAUGUGGCCUAUACGAAUAUUUUAUUUAUUAUUGUGUACAUUAUGUAUGUAUGUAUAAAAAGUAUGUGGCAUUUUUGUUAUGUGCAUGCGUUUUUUUUAUCUAAGCUGAUAUUAUAUCGGUGUGAGAGCGGGCGAGGCGUAAAUAUCAUUAAAUCACACGGAUGUAUUGUUUAGGAGUAGAUCAUUGAGUUUGCGUAUUCUGAUCAAACGUUGUUGUAAAUUUGGUGUACAGAGAUAUAAAUGGUGCGCGGCUGACGGCGGUCGUUGUCUGCGGACACGGUGGCAAAGGUGACGAACAAUUAGUGGUGUCGAUGUAAAUAGAGUGCGAGUGAGACGGUGAUCACCUCGUCACCUCGCCACCUCGUCGGCCGCGCCGGAACAAUGCUGCGAUAUUCCUUGUGCCCCUUGAAAUGAUCGUGCGUUAUAUGAGUCAAGAUGUACAGACGACGGGUAGUGUUAUUGUGUAUAGAGGUAUACAAGCUCGGGUCAGGCGAAACGGCUCGGGCGACGACGACUAGCUAUGGAUCCUGACAUCGGCUCACGUUAAUUAGCUUUUAAAUAUUUCAUCAAAUAAUAAAAUACACAAAAAAAAGCGAUAUAAAAAAAUUAUCGACCAAAAUGCUGGUUGGUUUUUCUUUUUUUUUAAAUUAUUAAAAUGUAAAAAAUUAGGUUUAUAUACAAAAUAUAGGUACAAUUUAUGAAUUAUACUUUUCUUUUUCGGCAUUUCGUACGACACUGGAGGGGACUCGAGCAAUCGAUCGUAGGCACGAGCUGCCGCCGCCUUUGCUCGCGUGACCUCCAUUGUUCCAUCAUUUGUUUCGCAAACUGUCUAAUUGUAUAAUAUAAUUUUGUUAAGGCAGGGUAAUGCAGAAAUGAGAAGAGGUACUUUUUUAUUUUUGAAUAGAUUGAAUUGUUUGAAUGUAUAAAUUGAGUUGAUUUAAUCCAUUCAAUGGAAUUUGAAUUGUUAUGAAAGGAACAAGUUUGUUGAUUUUUUUUUAAUUUUCGGUUACAUUUGAGGCAGCGAUUAGUUAAUUAGAAUUUCUAGUUACCACGCAAGCAAUAGUCAGAUAUAGGCUCUCUUUGGCAUUGCCCUUCAUUUGUUCGGCAUCAGACCAGUAGUAUGUUGCGGAGUCAGUAUUAAGAUCAUGAAACACAUGAGCUAAAGGGAGGUUGUGAAGAGUAUUGUUAUAAAAGGUACCUAUUCAAAAUCUGGAUACAGACUAACUAAAAGAUGUUGCUACAAUUUGCAUUAUGCCAUCUUCAUUUUAUUUUGUUUAAAGGGAUCAGUGCCAAACUUUCUCCUUGUUUAGCUCAAAACGAUGCAAAUGUUAGCACGCUUGAUAAACAGCCGAGUUAAGUAUUUAGUUAGUCUGCCAUUUGUGAAUAUUUUGUUUUGAUAGUAAUAUGUAAAUCUUUUAUAAUAUAUUUGUUUACAAUAAAUAAAUGACAACAUAUAAAUAAAUGAAAUUGUAUUUUCCAUUUAAACUGAAGAAAAAAAAUAUAAAAAGAAUAAUAUGCAAUGA